CCAAGAUCCACCAACCCCUUCGCCCGUUCGGCUCGGGAACGAAGGUUGGUUCGAUGAUCACGAAGACGGAGGAAGUAUGUGCGUUGUUUCUUCUAGCGUUGCCUCGUGGUUUGAGGGUGGGAGUUGACGGAACCAAUCGUAGGUACGAGAAGGGUGAUCAUGUGCCCCUCCCUGUAUGCCAACAAGGUCCGUCUCAUGAUGAUUUCCUUCCUUUCCAUUCUAUUCUUGCCACAUUGUCGCUUUGGGCUUUAUUCUUAUUUAGGUUCGAAUUUGGUGUAGAAACAUGUGAGUAGCAAAAAUGAUAAGUAGAAGUAAUCAGAUCCUAUGAACUAGCAGACUUGAUUGAAGCAAAAUGAUCUUUGAGAAUGGUUACUUGACAUCCAUGAAUACAGUGAAACAAAAUUUUGUACAAGUUUCUCUACAAUAAAGAUAAGAUGCUGAAACACAGUGACAAGCUUGAAAUUUUGAUUGCGGCCUUUUAGCAUACACCUCAAGAUCGAGUAGUGUUAUCAGCAGACAACAUACGAUGGAUGGACCACAGCAACACUCACCAAUAAGAUAACCGAAGCAUAGGUCAACAAUCUAGUGAGAGGAUAAAAUAGCACAAAUGAAAUAAAUGUAGCUGAUCCAUUUUGUGAUCUCAUCUUUUUCAUGCGGAUGAUCUAUUGAUUAAUCUUAUCUUCUUUCAAUUUAAUAAUAAGAAAAAUCAUAACGCUUGAAAUUAUUGGCCCUAAAGUAAUAAAUAUAAUUGCUAGAAUUUGCUAUCUAUUUCCCUCAGUUGAUGUUAAUGUUAUGUGUGCACACCUGAGAAAGAAACAACUUUUCCUAAAUGAUACUCUAUUGCACACUUAUGUUUGGUCUUCUGCUCCCCAUUUCGCCGCCCGCCGCUGCCACCGCGAUCGCGCCCGUGCCAAGAUCCGCAAGACCACGUUUCUCAAGGCGAAGAGGCUCGAAGAAUUGGCAACCGAGAUCAAGAAGCAGAAGGAAGGAUCGAAGGAGAUGCAGAUUACGGACGAGGACACAAAGGGGAAAAUGGUGUUGGAUUCGAUUGUUGAAAUUAGGGCUGAAGGAAGCAGCGUUCUACCUCGUGGUGAUAUGGAAUCAGGGGUUUCUUCCCAGGAAAACCUAGAUGUGCUAUUGGCCGCAUCCCUUGCUGCGGAGGAAGAGAUGGAGAUCAAUAAGAAUGUGCUUACAUCCGAGGGUGGUCUGGAUGAAGCGGAGGACGACAAUGAAGAAAUGAUUUUUCCAAUGGAUAACAUCCAUAUAGAUCCAGCAGUUCUAGCCUCCUUGCCUCCAUUGCAAUUGGAUCUUCUUGUUCAGAUGAGGGAGAGCAUCAUAGCUGAGAACAGGCAGAAAUAUCAGAAAAUUAAAAAGCAUGGUUAAUUGCCAUUCAUGUUGCACGGAGAGUCAAAGGGAAGCAGCUUUACUAUUAGGGCAAUUUUCUUCAGCCGAUUCAGAUUGCAAGGCACUUUGUCACCUGACUUUUUUCUCUUUGGCCUAUCAAAGUAUAAUAUCAAUUUGCACCAGGAUAUACUCUUGUUUCUUACAUUUGUCUGCAACCUUGAUUUCUUGCGGGUGCAUAUUGUUCAGGGAGGUGCUCUCUGCCCUCUGAUCGGGAUGCUUCAGUCCCCAGAUAUUCAACUUAAGGCGAUGACUCACACAAACAAGCUGGUAUUGUCUACAAUGGCGGUUUGGUGCCUCUUCUUAAACUUCUUGACUCAAAAAAU